UUCGCGACCGUAAAAUCGAAACUGAUUAGUUUAAUUUAUAUAAAUACCUUCGAUAUCACUCUUCUCCAUAUUUUUAAAUUGAUGAGUGAAGAAGGAGAGUUAAUGUUUUAUUCGCAGGAGUAUUUGGCACGAAAGGGUCCACUAGGUACGGUUUGGUCCGCCGCUCACUUGCAAAACCGUCUCAAAAAGUCUCACUACACCGCCACCAACAUCCCCGAAACAGUUGAUUUUAUAAUGUAUCUGGAGACGCCGUUGGCACCUAGAUUAUCAGGGCACCUUCUACUUGGUGUUGUGAGAAUAUACUCGAAGCAAGUUGAUUAUGUUGUCCGUGACUGUACUCUCUUUACUACUUGGUUAGCUAAGUCUUUGGUCUCUACUCGAGUUGACUUGCCUGAGGAUGCUAGACAGGCCCCUGUUGAGUCUGUGACUUUGCCUCAGGCGCUUAACUUGGAUGACUUCGACUUAGAGGAUGAUGACCACACACUCGAGGGGUUUGAUAAUCACCUGAGGAGUCAGGAAGAUAUCACUCUUACUGAUCAGAUUCCUACUGGCAUUGAUCCUUAUGUUGCUGUAACUUUUGAUGAUGACAUCUUUCCAGAAUCUACCCCUAUGGAUGUUGACCAACCUACAGAACCUGUGAGUGCGCAUCAUCCUGGUGAUACUGAUGUUGAAAUGGCUUAUGAGUCAGAACCAUACAAUAAUGAUCAAGGAGACUUUAAUUUUGGUCUAGAUAAUGCAUAUUCUCCCGGAAGUGUUCCCGAGGUGGAGAUAAGGCGUGAUGUUGCUGCACAUGGUUUAAGCCCUGCGUCUCAUCCACCAUUUGCUGCACAACAACAUAAUGUUAGAGUUGAAGAAGGCACUGGAACUUUGAAUGAGAAGGAACCCACUUUCCCUAAUUUUGAUGAGGAAAUGUUACAUUCUCGAGGACAUUCGACCUUUGAGCUUCGCUCAGGAUCUCCACGCUUUGCUGGUUCUGAGGAAGAACAUGAAAAUUUUGUGCAUCCAUCACCUCAACUGGUUCUUCAGCCAACUCCUCCUCCUCCUCCCCAACCACAAGUAAGGGCAAGGAAGAGGAAUCACUUUGAUAAGGUCACAGUAUUAACUAACAGGAUCAUGAAAGAAAGGAUUGAGGAUCCUAGUGAUACUCUCCGUAAGAGAAAGAAGAUGCCUUCUUCUAAACUAAACGUCUGGAGAAUGAAUAACCAGUCAAAGAAGGAUCAGAUCUUCAAUGAGCCCUUGCUUACUGGCUGCUCAGAUGUUCUACGCAGUGUCUUUGACAAGGACUGUGUAGCUUCAAAGCCACAUCUUGCUGCUGUUUCUAAUGUAACUCUACCAGAACCUGCACCUGCAUCAUCUCCUAUUCGAGAAGCUGAAACAGAAGUUAUGGUUCCUGAUUCUACUAAUCAAGACAGUACAGUUCAGCUGUCUCCAGUUCGGCAGCAUGAAGACUCUGUACCAAGAGAGGCACAAUCUCCACCGCAGUUUAAUAAUGAUGACAAUGGUAUGGAACGUUUAAGGGAAGGUGGUUACACUGACUACAUGCCCUCUCCACCACCUCCAAGAUUUUCACCUUCUAGAACCGAUGACUUCACCACUCAGACUAGAGUUUGGGAGACAGAAUCUUACAGAACAGAGCCUUCAACUUCCACAUAUAGAGAGGAUCUUCCUGGACCAACGAACUCAGGGGUUUCUGAUAUUCCUGAAAUGGUGGAUGAGGAACUUUAUUUCCUAGAGGUGGGUGGCAACACUCCGGUGAGAUCACCAGCAAGUCAAGAUUCUGAUGCUUUGACAGAUAGAACAAGAGCCUUGGCUCAGUAUCUUAAAGAACGUUCUUCAAGUAGUCCCACUUCAAGCAAUUCUUCUGGAGAUCUAAGUUUGGGAAAGAUCUUGGACGGAAAGACAAGGAAGGUAGCUGCACGAAUGUUCUUUGAGACAUUGGUGUUGAAGUCUAGAGGACUUAUAGAUAUGCAACAGGAUCAACCUUACAGCGAUAUCACUCUGAAGUUGAUGCCUGGCCUCUUUUAA